GGCACACAUGCACUUCACGCCGCCGCGGCUCGUCGCUGCAGCCGGUGCAGCGGAGGAGACUCGCAGCUCGUUCCCCAUCGCACGGAGGCGGAAUGGCUUGAGAGGCGGACAGCGCGGACUCGUCUCGAUCGCCCGAUGCGCGAUGCUUUUCUGACUGUCUGCCCCGUCCGUGCGCGUCCGUCCGUCUUGCCGCGGAUUGCUGCAGUGCUGUUUUUUCCAGGUGUUGUGGCGUGAGUGUGUGUGUGUGUGUGUGUGUGUGUGUGUGUGUGUGUGUGUGUGUGUGUGUGUGUGUGUGUGAAUGUGUGAGCGUGUGUGCAUGGUGGUGGUGUAGCCUGGUGUAAUUCUCUUACGAAUUGGACUAAGCCGGGGGAACGGAGUCUGAUGUCACAUGUGCUUCAUCGGAGGAGACGGGGCAUCUGCAAGCUGGAUUUUGUGGAGGAUGCUGCGGCAAGUGAUACACAGAGGGCUCAAGGCUUCGUUCUACUGGCUGGGCUUAUUCGUUAGCAGGCACCCCGUUUUCUUCCUCACCGUCCCCGCCGUCCUCACCAUCAUUUUCGGAUCUACCGUGCUCAGCCGAUUCAAGCCGGAGACGGACCUGGAGGUGCUGGUCGCCCCUACUCACAGCCUCGCCAAGAUCGAGCGGAGUCUCGCCAACAGCCUGUUUCCCAUCGACCAGUCGAAGCACAAGCUGUACUCGGAUUUGCACACCCCUGGAAGAUAUGGCAGGCUGAUCCUGCUGGCCAAGUCCGGGGGGAACAUCCUGGAGCUGGCCGACCAGGUCCUGCAGGUCCACAAGCAGGUGUUGGAUUUGCGCGUCAAUUACAAGGGAUUCAAUUACACGUUCGCGCACCUCUGCGUCUUGAGCCACAGGGACAAGCGCUGCCUCCUGGAUGAUAUCAUCACCAUCUUCGAAGACAUCAGGCAGGCGGUGCUUUCCAACAGCACUUUCCAUAAGGUGCCCGUGAGCUACCCCAACACAACGUUAAAGGAUGGCCGCGUGUCCUUCAUCGGCCACCAGCUGGGCGGCGUGUCCUUCUCACCCAACAGCCGCGACCAGCAGGUCAAGUUUGCCCGCGCCGUCCAGAUCACCUACUACCUCCGCAACCACGGACCCGUGGUGCAGGAUGUCAUCGCCGAGCGCUGGGAGAACGAGUUCUGCGCCCUGGUCAGCCGGCUGUCCACGGCAGAGGCGCCCCACGCGACCGACCAGCUCCACAUCCAGUCGCUCACCUCCUUCAGCCUGUGGCGUGACUUCCACCAGACGGGCGUGCUGGCCAAGGGGGAGGUGUUGGUCAGCCUGGUGCUGGUGCUCCUGGCCGCCACCAUCUCCAGCUCCAUGCGGGACUGCCUGAGGGGGAAGCCGUUCCUGGGCCUCCUGGGGGUGCUGACCAUCUGCAUCGCCAACGUGACUGCCGCAGGGAUCUUCUUUAUAUCAGACGGGAAGUUCAACUCCACGCUGCUGGGGAUCCCAUUCUUUGCCAUGGGCCAUGGAACUAAAGGGGUGUUCGAGCUGCUGGCGGGCUGGAGGAGAACAAGGGAAAACCUUCCCUUCAAGGAGCGCGUUGCCGAUGCUUUCGCUGAUGUUAUGGUGUGCUACACCAUGACCAGCUCGCUCUACAUCAUCACCUUUGGCAUGGGAGCUAGCCCUUUUACCAACAUUGAGUCUGUGAAAAUCUUCUGCCAGAGCAUGUGUGUUGCCAUCCUGGUCAACUACUUCUAUGUUUUCUCUUUCUACGGCUCCUGCCUGGUGUUUGCCGGACAGUUGGAGCAGAACCGCUACCACAGUGUUUUCUGUUGUAAAAUCCCCUCAGUGGAGUAUCUGGACCGUCAGCCCACAUGGUUUAAAACCAUGAUGAGUGACGGCCAUGACUUGUCCACGCACCACGACAGCGUCCCUUACCAGAAUCACUUCAUCCAACACUUCCUGCGUGAGCACUACACGGAAUGGAUCACCAAUACUUACGUCAAACCCUUUGUGGUCAUUCUGUAUCUCAUCUAUGCUUCUUUCUCAUUCAUGGGAUGUUUACAAAUCAGUGAUGGAUCAAAUAUUGUGAACCUGCUGGCUAGUAACUCUCCAAGUGUGUCGUAUGCUCUGACCCAGCAAAAAUACUUCAGUAACUACAGUCCUGUGAUUGGGUUUUACAUUUAUGAGCCCAUUGAGUACUGGAACUCCACGGUGCAGGAGCACCUGAAGACUCUGAGUCACGGCUUCAACAAGAUCUCCUGGAUGGACAACUUUUUCCACUACCUUCGGGUGGUGAACGUGAGUGCGUCAACCAAGAGCGACUUCAUCAACAUCCUCAAGGGCUCCUUCUUACGCAGCCCGGAGUACCAGCACUUCACUGAGGACAUCAUAUUCACCAAGAACCGCGAGACCGAUGAGUACGACAUCAUUGCCUCGCGGAUGUACCUUGUGGCACGGACGACGGAGAAGAAGCGCGAGGAGGUGGUGGAGCUUCUAGAAAAGCUUCGCCCGCUGAUGCUGAUCAACAGCAUCAAGUUCAUUGCCUUCAAUCCUACGUUCGUGUUCAUGGACCGCUACAGCUCCUCCGUCAUCUCGCCCAUCCUGACCUCAGGAUUCAGCGUACUCACAAUCCUCAUCCUCACUUUCUUCCUGGUCAUCAACCCCUUGGGUAAUUUCUGGCUCAUCCUCACUGUAACGUCCGUGGAGCUGGGCGUCUUGGGUUUGAUGACCCUCUGGAACGUUGGCAUGGACAGCAUCUCAAUCCUGUGCCUUAUUUAUACCCUCAAUUUCGCCAUGGAUCACUGUGCACCACACCUGUACACUUUUGUGCUAGCCACCGAGCACACUAGGACGCAGUGCAUCAAGUUGGCACUGGAGGAGCACGGGGCAGCCAUCCUGCAGAACACUUCCUGCUUUGUGAUUGGUAUCAUGCCCCUGGUGUUUGUGCCUUCCAAUCUGACCUACACACUGUUCAAGUGCUCGCUCCUCACCGCGGGCUGCACCGUGCUGCACUGCUUUGUCAUCCUGCCUGUCUUCCUGACCUUCUUCCCGCCGUCCAAAAAGAGACACAAGAAAAAGAAACGGGCCAAGCGCAAAGAGCGGGAGAGGGAGAGGGAGCGGGAAAGGGAGAGGGAGAGAGAACGGGAGGAGAUAGAGUGCAUCGAAGUCAGGGAGAAUCCUGAUCAUGUGACAAACGUCUGAGUAGUUUGUAAUUUUAGCAGUGAAUAUCAGUGGGUAUCCGUCAGUUCUUGGUGGAUUAGAGGCGCUCUCAAACGGUGAGGCACUUCUUGAGGUGCGGGGGCAGUGCGAGAUGUCCCCUGCUGAGUGGGCACUGGUCACUCCCACAAAAUAGCAGCUCAGCUGGCCAGAGUAGAGCGCAGCCCCUUUGGUCGGUCAUUCAGCCCUUCAGUCUGGACAGUGUAUCUCAUUUGCACAAACUGCAACACGCUCAUGGUUCUACAGCUCUUUCCCAACUAUUUGGUGUAUAAAAACAAGUUAGUUACCAGAACGUAUGCUUGCUAAAUCUGUAAAGUAAAUUCUAAACACACAGUAUGUUACUCCAUUUAAAUAUUAGCAAUUCAGUGUUCAUCUCCUGCAGCCCUUAUCUCAAAGCAAGAGAGUGAGGAGCAUAGCAGUCUGUUAAGCCAAGGACAUUCAGACAAGCUGGUGGAGGUGGUAAGUGUGAUCAUACAAAAGUGUAUAAAUAAGUCAGGGCAGGAGAUGGCUGUGCACCUUACUGUGCACACCUCGAUAACGGCGAAAAAAGAAAGGUAACCAAAUUCUGUUGGAAAGAGAGAAACUGUGGAAAGAAAGCACACCGCACGCUUUUCUGUAAAAGCUGAACAGCUGAACUGGGCAGAUGGCAUACACUGUGUCCAUAAUGAAGAAUUAUCUUGCACAUUGCAUCUUAUGAAUAGAACAGUCUAGGUUUAUAGUAGCAGGAGCUAAAUAUUUCUGCUUUAAAUUCUGAGGUCAUGUAAGGUCUUGGCAAUGGCAAAAGAAUCCGCGGCGGGCUGCAAUGUAUGAACAGGAAGUGAUAAGUGACUGUUGUGCAGCAGUAUUUGAAAAGGUGGUAAUCUUGAGUGUGACUUAAGUAAAUCCUUAACUGUUUUCGCAACAGAGCAGUAAAAACCAAAAGCGAAGCGUUUCCGAGGCUUGAAAUGUUGGACUUUCUAGCAGGUUGAUAAAUGAAACGUUUCUGUGAGAGUAAGGAUGUCUCUGUGAUCCACUUAUAAAAGCUGACUGGUAUGGCACUGGCAAUUGGAAGGUCUGAAUGUGACUCAAAACUUGCAGCGGUGCCAAAUAGUGUACAGAAUUUCUUUUUGUUUGACACAUGUCUAUGAAAACAAACAAAAAAAAGUUUCAGUAAGUUUAAACUUUCACAUGAGUCAUGAAUCACGAAUUAUUCAAGACAAUUUAGUGACUUAAUGUUCAGGUUUGUGAAGCAGAUCAUAUAACAGGCUUCAAUUAAACAGUGAGGCACUUUUUUGUAAAGUACAGUACUGUCUCUGAAUAGUGUAAAAUAAACUAAUAGAGAGCUAAAGUCAGACUGGAACUUCCAGGUUUUGUUGCAGAAGUAAGAAACCUCAUUCAUAAUCCUCUUGACGAAUUUAUCAACUAGGUGGUGAACGCAGCUGAGCAGCUGAGGGCCACAUUCGGCCCUGAGUCAGAGGAGAUCAGGAAAGCGCUUAAAGGAAUGGUGAACCUUGGUAUUUUGUGAGAUUUGAGAACACCACCGUCGAAAAUACAAAUGAUGAUAGUUGGUCCUGUCUGUGAUUUAUCACCUGACAGCAUUUUGCGCUGUGAUGCUACCUGCUCACUGCAGUUACAUAGUGCUGAAAGACCAUUGUGUAGUGUGAUUGAGAUAGACACCACUCACAACAUUUCAAGUCAGUGUACCAUCAAAAUGAAUUUAAACCCUUUAAGGUAGAAUAGUUCCAUAAUGUUGCUAUAAUUAGUCAGGCACUCAAUCCAAAUGCUAAUGUUGCUCUGUAUCCCCCGGAUGUUUAAAAGAGCAGUUUUUGACGGAUAGAAGUUAGUGGUGCUUUCACGAACACUAUUUUCCCCAUGCCUUAGACUGCAGUUGGUUAAUGAUGGGACAAAUACUAGCUAGGCUAUGAAAUGAACCAGUUGCAAUUAUAUAUUAAAUGCAUAAGGUCAUGAUUUCAAAUUUAAGUUUUAACAGUUUUUUCAAUGCUAAUAAAUUCUUUGUUUAACCUUUUUACAGUCACGAUUGGUUCAGAUGCUAAUGACACUGGUUUAAAAGACAUUUCUUGAUCUUAGAACAUGGACCACAGGAAAUCAGGUUUCCAGAAAAGACAACAGACAACAGACACCCUGAAUGAGAUUCCACUGAUCUAUGGAGGCUAAUGAUGCUUAUCUGGCCUGGAAGUGACGUCAAGACUUCAGUUCUUUAUUGGUUGCAAAAGGGAAGGCGCAGACUACUGCUGCCACCUAUAGGUAUGGAGCUGGUCUUGUCCAUGAAGUAACAGUUUAUUUUGCCCUAAUACUUCAAAGCAACAUUCCAUCAAAAAUGGGUUCUAUUCCACAAAUACCUUUCUUCAGUAUUCAGUCUUAAAAGUCCUAAAUGGCUUCUGUCUCCCCAGAGGGUAAACAGUAUUAUCUCUGUGUGCCAAGGCCUGAUAAGAAUCUCUGUUGCAGUCCCAAAACAAACACACUCAAGGUCAACAGCCCUGACAGAUACCUAUCUCUCACUGACCCCCGGCAGGCAGAUCCUAGCUGGUGGCAUGUGAUAGAGAGGCCCCAUAUGUGAGCAGAUGUGGCUGAUUGCAGACCAGUCAAUACCUUCUCAGGCGAUGGGCUGGUUCUUAAGGGGUUGUCAUUGUAGGGACACUGCCGGGGUUUUUUUUGUUUUUGUUUUUUUUUUUGUGCUGCCACUGAGAAUUUGAAUUGCUCUUGUAUAGGACAGCUAACCAGGCAGGGGGAGACUGGAAUGCUCAUAUUGGACCAAAUGUCAGUGAGAAAAUAUGCGUGAAUGCUGGACAAAUGGAGUGUGUGAGGGAAGAAGAUUGUCAUUCAGUGUCAAGUGAGAAAUCAGUAGAUAUCAAAAAAGCGAUGAAACCAAUGUGAGACAAAUAUGGAAAAGAAUGAUAUUUUAACUGUCAUACUUUCCCUGAAACACAUUCCCUGCUUUUGUGGAGUUACAAAGUAGUCUUAAGUGCUGACUUGUCAAUGAUUAAAAAAAAACCUUAUAUUUCCAUCAGCCAAACAAUGCCCUACUUAGAAAUGAGGAGUUUUUGGCAAGCCACUUCCUGCAGUAGCUGCAGUGAACGUCACAUUAUGUAAAAGCCAUGUCAUGUAUGUAUAGCAAGAAGGCAUGAAAUGUUUGAAACACGGGAAAGAAAUGCAAAUCUUAAAUAAUUUACUUCCCAAAAUGGA